GGAAGUACUCGGGGAGGGCCGAGCAGUCGGACAGGCUGCUGAGACGAACGCUUCACUGGGGCAGUCUCCGCAUAUCAUGGGGAGAUAGACGCUGCUGCCUGUGAGUCUUGGGCCCUGGCAGUUGAGGAAGAAGAGCGGGAGGAAGGAGUCAGGACCCAGACCCACAGUGUUGAUUGGCCUUGGUCCUCAUAGCUCCAAAAAGAAACAAGAUCUCGAUAAGCUCUAUGAGCUGAAGUCCAAAGCAAGACAGAUUAUGAACCAGUUUGGUCCCUCAGCCCUAAUCAACCUGUCCAAUUUCUCAUCAAUAAAACCGGAACCAGCUAGCACCCCUCCACAAGGCUCCAUGGCCAAUAGCACUGCAGUGGUAAAGAUCCCAGGCACUCCUGGGACAGGAGGGCGUCUCAGCCCUGAAAACAAUCAGGUAUUGACCAAGAAGAAAUUACAGGACUUAGUAAGAGAAGUGGAUCCUAAUGAGCAAUUGGAUGAAGAUGUGGAGGAGAUGCUGCUGCAGAUUGCUGAUGAUUUUAUUGAGAGUGUGGUGACAGCUGCCUGCCAGCUUGCUCGGCAUCGCAAGUCCAGCACCCUGGAGGUGAAAGAUGUCCAGCUACAUCUAGAACGCCAGUGGAACAUGUGGAUCCCAGGGUUUGGCUCUGAAGAAAUCCGACCCUACAAAAAAGCUUGCACCACAGAAGCUCACAAACAGAGAAUGGCGUUGAUCCGGAAAACAACCAAGAAAUAACGCAGGGAAAGGUUAGGGGAUGGACAGCAAUGUAUUCGGAGAUACUUGAGCUGAGACCUCAGCCAUCUCAUCCUUGGAUUUUUUUUUUUUAAUGCUUUACAGAGAAGCAUAUAUUUUUUAUUAACAGUGCAGCAAUAUCUAUAAUGACUGAGAGGAUCUGCCAAAAGAAUAAAGCCUCCUACCCCAACUUCCAGUCCCUGUUCCCUGCCAUCUCAAAGAAGAGCGGUGUAUCUUCCAGAGAAGAUUUUAUUUGUGGUUUAUUAUAUAAGUGAUUGAAUAGGGGACAAAGCAUUAUGGUCUUGUUUGGUGAGAGAGUAUUAAUAUUAGCAGGAUUUGUAGAGGUUUCUGUUUCCUUCUCCCUCCCCUUUCUCCCUGUACUUUGUAAUGUCAGUGUUUCUAUGAAUAUGACUUUCAUUUGCUUUUCCAGAAUAAAGAAGUUAUUAAUCGAGAGAAACAGGG